GGGCGCUUCCGUAUCACCUGAUAAAGUGGCCGCUCUAUCUCCAUGACUGGCUGUUUGUUUGGGGCGGGACUGCGUCUGCGCGGGCGCCGGGAGGGCGGGGCACCAAGGUCGGAGCCCUCGUCGGUGUCCCGGCGGCGACCCGCGCCGUGUUGUGGGCCGUGUGAGCUCCGGUCGGCAGUAACGCAAGGAUAGCUCGGACAGACUCAGUACAGUCACCAUGGCGACCACCCUGGACAUGGAACAGCUGACGGUGAAGUGUCAGAGCCUGUACCAGCCCCCGCAGAUUGAGCUGGCCGUCGUUCUGCAGUCGGCACUGCGGAAGAAUUUCGCCGAUGCCACCGUGCGCGUGGUCGACUGCCCCGACCUCACUCAGAGGCCCUUCAACCUGGCGGCACCGGGUCUGUGCGGCUCCCCGCGGGUGGCCGAGGUCGGCGGCGUGCCCAACCUGAUCCCGUCGCCACGCCGGGAGAAGCUCUACAGCCUGUGGCAGGUGCCGGCCGCCUGCGGCCUGCAGCACGGCAUGCUGCUCGGCGCCGGCGCAGGGCCCUGGCCGCACGUCGGCAAAAACUCCGAGAUGAUUCCGAACCUGUCCAUUACGGAGGCGGGCCGGUGCAACAAGAGUCACGUGGUGUCUGUCGAGGAGGGGGCCAUGGUGCAGACCCGGCUACCCGCUGACGAGGCCCGCUCCGCGCUGCUCUGCAACAUGUUCGUCUCCAAGGGGGAGCCCGGGAAGGUUUUUGAAAUUGUUUGCGAGAAACGGACUGGAGCGGAUAACUUCAUAUCCUGUCUCCGGAAAGCGUUACAAGCCAGAUACAACGAGCGCACUGUUGCGAUGGGAGGCGUCUUCCUAAUCGAGGCCGGCAAGGCGAAGGUGCACGUGAUGCCCGACUUUUGCGCCACGCCCAUCCGAAACGACGACGACCUGAACAAGUGGCUGCGGUUCUACGAGGCGUCGGCGCCGAUGGUGUGCUGCACCAGUCUCCUCUCCACCGAUCCGGGCCUGGACUUCCGUCUGGAGCACACGCACUGUUUCAGCGAGCACGGCGAGGGCGGUCACUACCACUGCGACACGACGCCGGCCGGCGUGCGCUACCGUGCCUACCUGCAGUUGGCCGAGAGCGCCGUGCGCAUCGACGCCCCUACAGAGACCCACCAGAUCGGCCGCGACUAGCCGGGCGCGCCGCCGGAGCCGACUGGCAGCGGACCAGUCUGGCGGCCGCUCGGAUAACGGCAACACGCAUUUUUGGUAAUGUACUGUUUACAUGCAAAUAUAGUAAUGGGAAAGUACUGUG